CGGGCGGCGGGCCUGGCCCGGGCGGGGCGGCGGAGGAUGCUGCGGCCGGUGGGGCCGCCGGGACGGUGCUGAGGCGUCCCUCUCCCCGCCGCGGCGCAGCGUAAUCAUGUCCACAACUCAGAAAAGGAAUGUAGCAAGCUCAUGCUGAGGUAUAUUCUCAAGACAAGAUACAGUGACUCAUAUGCUUUUCUGGAUAACGUAACCCAUGGAUAAAGUGGGAAAGAUGUGGAACAAUUUCAAAUACAGGUGCCAGAAUCUCUUCAGCCACGAGGGUGGAAGCCAAAAUGAAAACAUAGUUGUGAACUCCAGUAGUUGCUCACCUGCUAACGAAAAAACCAUCCAGAUAACUGACUUGGCUCAACAACAACCUAGCAGCCCUUUGAGAGAAAACAUUGCUUUCCAAUUAGGUUUAAGUCCUUCAAAAAGCUCAGCACGGCGUAACCAAAACUGUGUCACAGAAAUUCCUCAGAUUGUUGAAAUAAGCAUUGAGAAAGAGAACGAUUCAUGUGUCACCACAGGAGCUAGGCUUGCUCGAAGAGACUCUUAUUCUCGGCAUGCUCCUUGGGGUGGGAAGAAGAAACAUUCCUGCUCUACCAAAACCCAGAGCUCCUUGGAUACUGAAAAAAGGUUUGGUAGAACACGAAGUGGUUUGCAGAGGAGGGAGAGACGCUAUGGAGUCAGCUCUGUCCAUGAUAUGGAUGUGGUCUCAAACAGGACAGUAGGUAGCCGUUCCCUGCGACAGCGUCUACAAGAUACUGUUGGGUUAUGUUUUCCCAUGAGAACUUACAGCAAACAGUCAAAACCUCUGUUUUCUAACAAAAGAAAGAUCCAUCUUUCUGAACUAAUGCUUGAGAAAUGCCCUUUUCCUGCAGGCUCAGAUCUGGCUCAGAAGUGGCAUCUGAUUAAACAACACACAGCGCCUGUGAGUCCUCAUUCAACUUUUUUUGACACGUUUGAUCCUUCCUUGGUUUCCACAGAAGAUGAAGAAGACAGGCUCAGAGAGAGGCGCAGACUUAGUAUUGAAGAAGGGGUAGAUCCCCCUCCCAAUGCCCAAAUACAUACUUUUGAAGCUACAGCACAGGUUAAUCCAUUGUAUAAACUGGGACCAAAGUUAGCCCCUGGUAUGACUGAGCUGACGGGGGACAAAAACAUAACGCCUCCGGGGAACUGUGACUCUGAAGAGGACACAACAACACUUUGUCUGCAGUCACGCAGGCAGAAGCAGCGUCAGAUGUCUGGAGAGAGCCAUGGCCACAUCAGCAGGCAGGGGGCUUGGAAAGUGCAUACUCAGAUUGAUUAUAUUCAUUGCCUCGUGCCAGACUUACUUCAGAUCACAGGUAACCCGUGUUACUGGGGUGUGAUGGACCGCUAUGAAGCAGAAGCACUUCUGGAGGGUAAACCCGAAGGCACUUUUUUGCUCAGGGAUUCCGCGCAAGAGGACUACCUCUUCUCCGUGAGCUUCCGUCGUUACAACCGAUCGCUGCACGCACGCAUUGAGCAGUGGAACCACAACUUUAGUUUUGAUGCCCAUGAUCCCUGUGUGUUUCACUCCUCCACUGUUACAGGGCUUCUGGAACACUACAAAGACCCUAGCUCUUGCAUGUUCUUUGAACCGUUACUUACUGUAUCUCUGAACAGGACUUUCCCCUUUAGUCUGCAGUAUAUCUGCCGGGCAGUAAUCUGCAGGUGCACUACUUAUGAUGGAAUCGAUGACCUUCCUCUACCCUCAAUGUUGCAAGACUUUCUAAAGGAGUAUCACUAUAAACAAAAAGUCAGGGUGCGAUGGCUGGAGCGGGAACCUAUAAAAACAAAGUAAAUGGAAAUCAAAAUAAGCUUCUAGAUUACGUUUUUUUCUUUCUUCUUUUUUUUUGGUGUGUGUUACAGUUUAACUGCAGCAAGUGCACCGACCAUGUCCUAGCUUCUCUGCAAUAUCCUACUUAAGCUGAGUGUUAGUAUCCUGUCAGAUGCUGCCUGCUGUUAAUCAAACUAAGUCGUGAUGCCUCUUGGAAACAGUAAGCAGACAAUUCUGCAUGUUUUUCAUUAAGACCUAAUGAAAAUAUUUUUGCUAAUUUAUGAAUAUUUUGUUUCCCUUUUCUAGCUGUAGUAAUUGGAUGAAGAAACUAUGUGGCAUUUUCCACGGGGCGUUCAUCUGAUACUAAUAAAGACAAGACUCUAUUACAGGAGCAUUUUUGGUAAUAUUUCAACUGUUUUUUAAAGUUCUCUUCUUGAAAGCUUUCCACUGCUCAGAGUACUAAUUUAGCUCACAAACAAAUUUCCAAAUAGCAGCGGACAAGAGUAUUUUCUUUUAAUGAAGAGCAGUUCAUUAGAAGCAGUCCAUUAACAGUUAAUGGUGCUUUGAUGCUAACAGAUGACUCAUGCUUUUCUCAGUGUAUAAGGUUUCCUAAUCAUUAAGACUUGAAUUUGCCUGCUCAGUACUGUAAUUCUAUUUUAAACACUUGGAGAUUUAAGUGGCAUUGUUAGCAAAACUAAUUCUGUCUUGGACAGAUAAAUACCUUCUAGUGUGACUUACUGGUUCAGUGGCAGGAAAUGGGAUUAGAUCAUUGACAUGAAACUAAAGGUUACCAUUUUUUCUAAACCAGAAUUUGGUGGUUUGACUGCUAGUAGCUUACAAUGGGAGGUAAUAGUGAAGAGAAAAAAAUGUUUAUUUAAAGUCAUCUGGUAUUUUUCUGGAUAAAAUUACAAGAAUUAGAAUACAAAAUCUGACGUAUCUGAAGUAAAUGUCAGGUCUCAAAGGUACUGUUACACUUUAUUUGUAAAUAAUCUUUCCAUUUGUGCUUUUAAAAAUGUU